CUGCAGCGCGGGGCCGUCUCCCCGCCGCGCUCCCGCAAGAUGCUCUUUUGGCACACGCAGCCGGAGCACUACAACCAGCACUCGACCGGCAGCUACCUGCGUGAUGUCCUUGCGCUGCCGAUCUUCAAACAGGAAGAACCACAGUUAUCUCCUGAGAAUGAAGCCAAACUGCCUCCCUUUCAGUAUGUUCUCUGCACAGCUACAUCACCUGCUGUGAAACUGCAUGAAGAAACUCUGACCUACCUCAACCAAGGUCAGUCUUAUGAAAUCCGUCUACUUGAGAAUAGGAAAUUGGGAGAGUUUCAAGAUUUAAACACAAAAUAUGUGAAGAGCAUAAUUCGUGUAGUUUUCCACGAUCGACGCUUGCAAUACACAGAGCAUCAGCAGCUAGAGGGCUGGAGGUGGAGUCGGCCUGGGGACCGCAUCCUCGAUAUAGAUAUUCCCCUGUCAGUUGGUAUCUUGGAUCCCAGGGCCAGCCCAACCCAGUUGAACACUGUUGAAUUUCUGUGGGAUCCAUCAAAGAGAGCUUCAGCAUUCAUUCAGGUACAUUGUAUCAGCACAGAAUUUACUCCACGGAAACAUGGAGGAGAAAAAGGGGUACCCUUCCGGGUACAAAUCGACACCUUUAAACAGAACGAAAAUGGUGAAUACACAGAACACUUGCAUUCUGCAAGCUGCCAGAUCAAAGUGUUCAAGCCUAAAGGAGCAGACAGAAAACAGAAGACUGACAGGGAAAAAAUGGAGAAGAAGACCACACAAGAGAAGGAGAAGUAUCAGCCUUCCUAUGAGACAACCAUUCUCACAGAGUGCUCUCCUUGGCCAGAUAUGCCUUAUCAAAUGAACAAUGUUCCAUCUCCAAGCUACAACAGUUCUCCAAACAGCUUCAACCUUGGAGAUGGCAACAGUUCUCCAACCCACCAAGUGGAGCUCCUGCCUCCCAGCAAUGAUCAUCUCCUUCCUUCUGCUUCUAUUCAAGAUGCCCAGCAGUGGCUACAUCGUAAUAGGUUUUCUCCAUUCUGUAGACUCUUCUCAAGUUUUUCGGGUGCUGAUUUACUGAAAAUGUCCAAAGAAGAUUUUGUUCAAAUCUGUGGGCCUGCUGAUGGAAUUCGUCUCUUUAAUGCAAUCAAAGGAAGAAAUGUAAGACCCAAAAUGACAAUUUAUGUUUGUCAAGAGCCUGAGCAAAACCGGUCUCAUCUUCAUCAGAAACGAGAAAAUGGAGAUGGCAGUCUGUGUGUGUAUCAUGCAAUCUUCUUGGAAGAGCUGACGACCCUGGAAUUACUUGAGAAGAUUGCAAACUUGUACAGCAUUUCUCCACAGCAGAUAAAUAGAAUCUAUCGGCAGGGACCCACGGGGAUCCAUGUGUUAGUGAGCAAUGAGAUGGUGCAGAACUUCCAAGAUGAAUCCUGUUUUGUUAUCAGCACAUUAAAAGCUGAAAGCAAUGACGGCUACCACAUCAUCUUGAAAUGACCAUGCUGCAUAGAAAGACUAAAUUUUAGUGCCUCACUGAGAUUGCUACAACGUAGACUGGAAACAUGAAGAACYUUCUGGAUGAAAUGCUCCUAUGACCUAGGAAUUACCAUCUUAAGGAAGGAGAUUGCUUUUACUGAUACACAUUUUAUUUUGUUUUAUUUGGGAAUUGGAGCUGAGAACAUUCUCAAAACUUAUACAUGUUUCUUCCUCCCUCCCUUCCUCUCCAGACUUAGAAAUUGUUGAGGUUUCUGCUUAUUGCUUUGAAACACCUGAWAAUGAAAGAUAAACAAAACCCAAUUCUCUAGACCCCCUCAUGGUUGGGUGAAUUGAUUUACAUACAGUUCUGAGUGCUCUCCUGCUUUCAAAACACAGAACCCCCAGGCUGACAAAUAUGGGCUCCCAGGGGCUUCUCUUUUACUUUCUUUGAGAUGGAGGGCUUGGGGCUAACUCCAAGAGCAGAUCAGGCAAUGCAGAAGUUGGAUUUUGUGCCCAGUCCCCACCCAAAGUGUCAGCCCUGGAAGCCCACACUUAGGUGCUGCCUAMCUGUAGAUGUUCUCAGACAUGAUUAUGUACGGAGAGAAUGUGUGCCUGUACAACAGGAUAAUUUUACAGGGUUCAGGAGAGGACAUACAACCUGAAGCAAGUAGUUCAAUCCUGUACUUUAGUUUUAGAAUGGCCUCUUUGAAUAGMAUAUGUGAGGGUUUUCUGAGGAAAUGUUUUGAACAUUGAAAGUAUAGAGCUCAUGACAAAUUAUGUUGCGGAUUUGUUCUGUUCUGAAAAGCAUUAAUUAAUUGCUAUUUUUGCUAUAACUGGUGGCUAGGUUUUAUGGUCUUGAUGAUUUUCUCCUGUUACUAAAGCAAGUAGAAAUAAGUUUUGAUUGAAUUCAGGUAAUGAAUAAUCUUAGUUGCUGCUUCUUAGACUUUUGCUCUUUCACUCCUGU